AUGAAAGAGGUAGUCGCUAAAAAGAGACCAAUAGGAGAUGGGUUGGUAGCCUUGAAUGAAAAAUGUAGUGAAAUAUCACCAGGUAGGAGAAUCCCAAACGAGCAGAAGGAUCCUGGAGUUGUCACAGUCCCAUGCACUAUAAAAGACAAAAUUUUCAAGAAGGCACUAAUUGAUUCAGGAGCCAAUGUGAGUCUGAUGCCAUUGCCAAUCUAUCAAAGGCUUGGUAUUGGAAAUGUUAGUGAUAUAAAGACAAAUAUGAAAUUUGCAGAUCACUUCAUAAAGAAUGCAUAUGGGAUAGCAGAGGACGUACUGUCAGGUGAUAUACAGUCUAUUAACACGGGGAGGUAG